GGGCGGCGAAUUGCAAUGCGUAUCCGACACCCCGACGAGGUUCGAAGACUCGAGGGCUCGUCGACGCGUAGUUAACGCAGUCGGAUUUCGGGCUCGGAGUAGUAUACUUUGGUAGUUAAGCGUCUUGCAGCCCUCAACUAAUCAAACGAACUGAUGAAAAUGAAAGCUGGAACAUGACGCGCUACAAGGAUGACGUCAAACAUCUGCGCCGAAGUACACCACGUGGGAAAGCAAUCGCAGAAGUAAACAACGACAGCCCAUGCACUUGUACGAGAGCUUGAUAAUCAACUUUUUCUGUUUACUGUCGAGAUUGACAAGUACGUGGAAUAAUCUCAAGAUUUCAGUUUUCAAGAUUUUUAUAAGAUCAUGCCCCACAACCCAUAUCAUCCUCCGGCUAAAAAAUUCAAGCCGGGGUCUGCCUUUUUCCGACUUGAUAAAAAUAAGCCUGGGAUGCUGCUGCCGAAGAAAGGAAACAUACCCACUCCUUUAGACGUCCAGAGGAAACGGCUUCCUAUUUACCAGGCAAAACCUCAACUGUUGAACCAACUGAGACAACUACCAAGUGCAAUUUUGAUAGGUGAGACUGGUUCUGGAAAAACGACCCAGAUUCCGCAGUACCUAUAUGAGGCUGGCAUUGGCCGGCAGGGCGUCAUCGCUAUCACCCAGCCCCGCCGCGUGGCUGCUAUCUCUCUGGCGGGCAGGGUGGCUGAGGAGACACGGACUUCGCUCGGCAAACUGGUCGGCUACACGGUACGAUUUGAGGAUGUCACCUCAUCCGAGACCAAGCUUAAGUUCAUGACGGACGGCAUGUUGCUUCGCGAAGCCAUCGGAGAUCCUUUAAUGCUGCGCUACACCGUGGUGGUCCUGGACGAGGCCCAUGAACGCACCAUGCACACCGACGUGCUGUUUGGCGUGGUGAAGACCGCCCAGAGGAGGCGUAGAGAGCUCAACAAGGUCCCACUCAAGGUUAUAGUGAUGUCCGCCACCAUGGACGUGGACCUGUUUUCGGACUACUUCAACAAGUCCCCGGUGUUGUACCUGGAGGGCAGGCAGCAUCCCAUCCAGAUCUACUACACCAAGCAGCCCCAGUCGGACUAUCUCCAGGCUGCACUGAUCACCAUCUUCCAAAUCCACCAGGAAGCGCCUCCGUCCCAUGACAUCUUGGUCUUCAUGACGGGUCAGGAGGAGAUCGAGGCCCUGGCGCGGACAUGCCGGGACAUCUCCAAACACCUGCCCGACGGCUGCGGGCCCAUGCUGGUCAUCGCCCUGUACGCCUCUCUCCCCCCCGCACAACAGCUCAGGGUCUUCCAGCCUGCUCCAAAGGGUUGCAGAAAGGUGAUCCUUUCAACCAACAUUGCAGAGACGUCAGUUACAAUCUCUGGGAUCAAAUAUGUUAUUGACACUGGGAUGGUGAAAUCCAAGCGCUUCAAUCCAGAUAGUGGUCUGGAGAUCCUAGCAGUGCAGCGGGUCUCUAAAGCCCAGGCCUGGCAGAGAGCAGGGAGGGCAGGCAGGGAGGACUCUGGUCUCUGCUACCGCCUCUACACAGAGGUUGAGUUCGACAAGCUCAUCCCCAUGACCGUGCCUGAGAUUCAAAGGUGUAAUCUGUCCGGUGUAAUUCUGCAUCUCAUGGCUCUGGGGAUUCCGGACGUGCUGAAUUUCGACUUCAUGUCUAAGCCUUUACCCGGGGCCAUCCAUGCUGCUGUGGUCCAGUUGGAGCUCUUGGGGGCCCUGGAGAAGAAGGAGCAGCUGGUGACCCUCACUGCUCUGGGCAAGAAGAUGGCCAGCUUUCCCCUGGAGCCUCGAUAUGCUAAGGCCAUCCUGCUGUCCCCAGACUUCUCCUGCUCUGAGGAGGUGCUGGGCAUCGUGUCCCUGCUCUCUGUGGACACGGUGCUGUACAACCCGCCGGCCCGCCGUGACGAGGUGCUCGCCGCGCGCAGGAAGUUCACCUCCAGCGAGGGAGACCACAUGACCCUGCUCAACAUCUACAGAGCCUUCAAGAAAGUCUCUGGCAAUAAGGAGUGGUGUCGGGAAAACUUUGUCAAUAGCAGAAAUAUGGGCCUUGUGAAAGCAGUCCAAGCCCAGCUCAGAGAAAUCUGCCUAAAGCUGAACAUGAAGCUGGAGUCGUGCGGGUCGGACACGGUGAGCGUGCGGCGCUGCCUCGCCCACGGGAUGUUCGUCAACGCCGCCGAGCUGCAGCCCGACGGCUCCUACGUGGCUCUGGACUCCCACCAGAGCGUGGCCGUCCACCCGUCCUCGGUGCUGUUCCAGGCCAAGCCGGCGUACGUGGUGUUCAACGAGCUGCUGCACACGUCGCGCUGCUACAUGAGGGACCUCUGCCUGGUGGACGCCGAGUGGCUGGUGGACGCGGCGCCAGAGUACUUCAGCCGCAAGCUGCGCCACGCCAAGAGCUAGGAGAGAGGGGGACAGAGAUUAGUCUUGGUAGGCAGGAUUUUGAUGGUUUGAUAUUUUGGCGGGAUUCAAACUCCAUGACGGCUCUUUCCUUUGGUGACGGUGGAUCCGGGAUGGAGUCUGCUCUCCUCCCGGCUGCCUAUGUGAGGUAAAGUCGUGGUUAGUGGUGACAGAAGGAAUAUCGGUUGAUAGGAUGGAUUUCUCUACCUCUCACCUGACUGGCAUGUGUUUCAACAGCCAAUGGCUGCAUUUUGUAUGUCUUGAAAAGUCCCUGUGACCUCUGGACUUUAAUUCAUAUUUUGAAACCCCUCUUUUGUCAGUUUAUAAUGGUUUAAUCUUGCCUGUUGGAAAUAACCAAAAAAAGUAUGUUCUCAUGUUCACAGCUUCAGAUUUUUGCAGGAUUUGAUUACAGCCUAGAUCACAGAGACGCAUGUUUACAGGGGCAAAAUGCAUCCGAAGAUAGAUUUACAUGACAUUUAAACAUUCUAUAAUUUUUCACCUCUAGAAAAAAUGCAUGCCCAUCAUGAUCAUAAUUUCUUUGAGAUUGUGUUCACUUGAUAAGUUUAAUAUUAUUCCAAGGAGCUCUAUGAUCUUAAUAACAUAUAUUAAAUAUUGAGCAAUAUGUACAUGGAAAACA